AUGGACGAUGGUUUUUGCAGGGUUAAUAGAGGAAUGAGCAUUGAUGAUUUCAAAUUUAUAUACUGGAUGGAAUAUGCUCAUCGUAUGUGGGGAAGAGCUCUUGGUAUCAUGUUUGCUUUGCCAUUUUCAUAUUUUCUUCGUAAGGGAUAUAUUACCAUACGACUUGGACUGAAACUCUCUACUCUUUUCGCCCUUGGUGCUGGGCAGGGUCUGAUUGGAUGGUGGAUGGUUAAAAGUGGUUUAGAGGAACCACCAUCUGAAUAUGCACAGCCUAGAGUAAGCCCGUAUCGGCUUGCAGCUCAUCUCACUUCGGCAUUUGUUAUAUACAGUGGCCUUCUUUGGACAGGUCUCUCGGUGGUAAUGCCCGAACCACCUGCAGAAUCAAUGUCCUGGGUUAAGGGGCCUGCAAAAGUAAAGAGACUUGCUCUUCCUGUCAGCUUACUCGUCGGCAUUACUGCUGUCUCAGGAGCAUUUGUUGCAGGAAAUGAUGCUGGACAUGCCUACAAUACUUUUCCAAAGAUGGGUGACACAUGGAUACCAGGGACAUGCCACUUAUUCGCAACUUCUUUGAGAAUACUUCAUUGGUGCAGGUAUUCACGAGAUCUCAAAUUCAGAAAAAUAUAUUUUAAUCCAUUGAAUUACGAGCUCAAUGGCUCAAACUCCCUUGACCAUCGUAUCCUGGCAACAGCCACUUUAGUUUCAAUCGGCUCAUUAUGGUGGUUAACGAGGAAGGUGGAUCUUCAUCCUGCAGUUCGAUAUUUGAUUGGAAGCACUGUUGGCAUGGCUGGUUACCUUGGGGAUAUCUACCCUUUUGUCAUACGUGCCAGUUUCCCUGGGCAGUGCUCAUCAAGCUGGGGCUUUGACACUAAUGAUCCUUCUCAUUCACACUCUGAGGAAGCCAUCACCCGCUCUUCUUAA